AUAAUUUCGUUUUUAGCUGCCAGGCGUAUGAAAGAAUUCCCUCAGUUGUUGGAUAGUCAGUUAACUACUUGUAAGAAUAAGGUCACUUGGUCCUCAGCUGCAUAUUACGUAGUCCACCCAUUAUCCUUUUGAAAUAAAUAUGAAACUGGACGUUUUCACUGUUGAUGCAUUUACCAACCGCCCUUUUUCUGGUAAUCCGGCAGCCGUGAUACCCCUGCUUCAGAUGUUAGAUGAAAAAACUCUUCAGCAAGUGGCAAGCGAGCUUAAUCUCUCAGAGACCGCUUUUGUCGCCCCACUGGCAGAGGGCAAGACGUCAUGGCAGGAAUGCGGCCGCUUCUCUCUCCGCUGGUUUACUCCCUCUAAUGAGGUUCCUCUAUGCGGCCAUGCCACUCUGGCCACCGCCCACGUCCUUCUCCAUUGUCUCGAUAAUUCCAACACUCGGCUGGAGUUUGAGACUAAAAGCGGGACACUGGUGGCAAAACGGGAUGACCACUGCAUCAUCCUAGACUUUCCUGCUAAUCCACCUGAGACACUUACCCCAGCCGAGGAGGCCCAGCUGGCCAAACUCGUGAAGGUAGCAAGCGGUGGUUUACUGGUGUCUCAGAUACUUAUCUCACGAACUACCAUGAAACUUCUUGUCUGUCUUCACCGAUCCUGCACUAGGCAACAACUUGAAGCCCUCCAACUAGACACCGGAGAUCUGUUGAGGCAGCAUGAUGGGUCGCUGGUGAAGGGCGUUAUCCUUACAUUGGGAGGUGAACACAAUGGAGACCCUCAGCCAAGAGCAGAGUGUCACUGUUAUUCGCGUUAUUACGCCCCUUGGAAUGGAAUACCUGAGGAUCCCGUCACAGGUUCAGCUCAUACCGUUCUGGGGCCUUACUGGGCUGAGCAGCUUGGAUGCACUGUAUUAAAAUGUAAGCAAGUGUCUCCGAGAGGCGGUGACAUGACAGUCACCGUGAGGGGCGACGGCCGCGUGGAUUUGGCGGGCGAGUCCACCACCGUGCUUCAGGGACACAUUACGAUGUAAGGCUGGACAUUUGUGCUUUCUUGAAGAUGUAAUGGCACAGUUAAAGAGAUGAAUCUCUAUUUGUACGUGCAAAUCCGUAGGAGCAAGUAAUAUAUAUAUAUAUAUAUAUAUAUAUAUAUAUAUAUAUAUAUAUAUAUAUAUAUAUAUAUAUAUAUAUAUAUAUAUAUAUAUAUAUAUAUAUAUAUAUAUAUAUAUAUACACGGAUCAUACACUGAGUAAACACAGCGAGUCAUUGAUGUAACAGUUUAUUAUUGAAAAAUACAGCCCACAGCAUCAAUUGCAUUAAUAAAGGUUCAUAGCUAA